AUGCAUCAAGUCAUCCCUCGUCCUCACCAACUAUCUUCCUCCGCCCCAGUGGCCUCUAGACCUCCUCGCAAAAGUGCUUCUGUUCGUUCUUUACGUCGUGAAAAGGAAAAGCAUUCGCUUUCUUCAUCAUCUGAUAUUUAUAAGCCCAAUUAUCACGAUACUUCCUCAGAUCUUCCUUAUUCUCGUCCGACAUACUUUGAUGCACACGCAGACGCUAAUAAACCGGGUCCGAGUCGUGCCACACAACCCUCAACUCGCGAACCACCUUCUUUAAACCCAUCACCAACUACCGAGGAGUUUCGUGAUAGUAGAAUGCUUCGGGGGACCGACCAAGGUGCUCCUUACUUCUCAGAAUUUCACUAUACUCUCCCCACCAGCACCGAUCCAGAAACUAGUCCGCUCACUCAUCCACAUCAACCUCGCCCAAGGACCGGUCCAUCUCCGAAAACUACCUACUGGUUAGAACGAAGUACAGGUCGUCGCGGCUCAUCGACCUCCAUCCAAUAUACUGAAACUAUUCCGGAUACUCCGUCGGAUAGUGGCUCGAUAAAACUUUUCCCAGCGGCACCAAUAUCUGGUGUGGAGACGAUGGAUGCAUUGGUAGAGGGGAUGAAUGGAGGAGAUGACUUUUCGAAUGGUAGCCGCUCUGGGGCUUCUCCUUUAUAUCAACCUCCCCUCCCCACUCCUCCUCCCGGCGUCGUUCUAGGCGGCCCAAAGACUAGAAAAUCAAAAAAAUUAACCUCCAAGUCUCGCAAGCAUUCCAAUGAUUCGGGUGACGAUGAUGAUGGCGUGAAAUUAACGGUGCCCAUCACCCCGCGGCAAAAGUGUCCGAAAGAACUGGGGCCCAGUCGCUCUGGAUCUAGCAUGACAAUAACACCCUCAUCUUCUUUGGAUUUCCCCCAGAUUCGUCCAAGAGCUGCUCCAGUGCCCGUGGAGAAACGAGCAAGCCUUGCACCUUCGAUAUCAGACAUCAUCCGUGCAUACGCACCCGCAGAGGGCAACACGCGUAGGGUACCACUCUCUCGCAACUCCUCGUUCACCCGAAGCAAUGCCCAUGCGAUUGUCCAUGAAGAAUUGGAGUCGGAUGGAAGACUCGCCAUCGCAGAAGAGACUGAUAUAGCAUCCCGUUCGUCCUACGACAGCAUAGCAGAUGAAGUUCAAAAAACCUUGCACAACCAGAUCGGCAUGAACGCCGCUCCUGCUCCCCCUCCGCCAUCGUACCUAAAGAGACAUUCCAUCAUGUCCGACUCGGCUAGUUUGACCUCGCCACGAUCGGAUGGAGGUGGUGCUUCGAUUUGCUCCUCAUCCAUUGCAUCCAGUCAACCCCCGCUCUCCCCAUUUGAUUCUAUCCACUUGAUAAAUUCAUUCAAGCCGUCGACUCCAUCUAAUGAGGUUGCUCAGUAUUUGCGUUCCACUCGGCUUACUACCUUGCUCAGAUUGACUCGAUCGCCUCAUGCAUCACAUGAUAAUCCUCUGACAAUCAGUUUGUCAGAUUUGGGAUCCUCCUCAGGAUACCCUGUCGUGGUGUUUUUGGGCUUGGGAUGUGUGAGACAUAUCAUGGGAUUGUAUGAUGAGAUGGCGGAAUGCCUGGGUCUGAGAUUAAUUACCAUCGACAGAUGGGGCUUAGGACGUACCGAACCCAGAGCAAAAUCUGCAAAGGGCAUCAUGCAGUGGGCAUCAGUUGUCGAGGAAGUUCUCGAUAUGCUGCACAUCGAGGAAUGUAGUGUCAUGGCGCAUUCUGCCGGCUCACCCUACGCUUUAUCAUUUGCCAGUAAGCUCCGCAAGCGUAUUCGAGGAGAUAUCUGUCUCUUAGCGCCUUGGGUCGGUGGAAGUGAAAGUGGCGGGUACAAAUGGCUCAAAUACGUACCGAACGGGAUCUUGAAGACUGCACAGGCCGCUGAGUGGAAACUACAGACCUGGAUGAUUGGCAAGCCUCCGACGAUUGCAUGGGAGGGCAUCGGGUACGACGCCCAGUCGAAGAGGAAUGAUAACAAUCCCCGCCCAAGCAUGGGCUCCAACUUCAGUGAAUACGAUGACCUAAAGGAUUUUGACGGUCGCUUUGAAAGUCGAAGCACUCUCGGCGUCUCGCAGUCACGUGCUGGAAACGAUGAAGGCAGAGCUCAUGCCGCAGUGCGAAAAAGCUCGAAAGGGUUUUUAAAUCGGCUGAAAGGCACCCCAAUCUCUCGGCCACCAUCACCCCCCGAAGUGUUGCCCGUGGGUGGGAAGAGAUUGAAAGGCUUACGAUCGAUGGGUUCGCUGAAAUCAAAAUCAUCAAAGAAGUCAUUACCUCCUAGUCCUCAGCUUUCCCUACCUCCGAAUCUUAAUGGAUUCGAAGCUGGAUUAGGCUUUGCAGACUUAAAGUGGCCUGCUCCUGAUGCAAAGUCCAUAGACCAGCGGUCGAUCUCAUCGUCAAGCACCCAAUACGCCAAAUCUGGUGGUUACUAUCCUUACGGUUACAACGCACGCGCGGGCGGACGAAGGUCAAUAUCGUUCACGUCAUCGACCUCCCGACCGAAUGUGCCGUCAAUCUUCCCUCCCAACCCCAGAUCGCCAGACCUCACGAUCGAAGCUCAUGAUACAUCCUCACUCAAGACCGGACAUCAGACCACGUUAGGUAACGCUCUUAUUGCUGCUUCUCAUUCCGAGUCUGCAAAAGGGACACACAAUGACCUUUUGCAAAUCUUGAAUCAUGACAAUCAUCCUUGGGGUUUUUCGUACCAAUCAUACCCACACAACGUCCGUGUCUGGUACGGCGAUAAGGACGAAAAGAUCGCUGAGAAUGCUGUAAGAUGGAUGGAGAAGACCAUGGGGGAUGCUAAAUGUACAGUCAAGGUAGUCAAAGGAGCGGAUCAUGGGCUCAUGUACAACAGUGGUGUAGUGGUGGAGGUCUUAGAAUACUUAUUGCAGUAUUGGCAAGGCAAUGAACGUCGGUGA